GUGAGAGGGAGAGGGAGGGAGGGAGAGAGAGAGAGGCAGGCGCGCGCGCUUCUACAGGAGCGAACCGGAGGAUUAGAAUCCGUUGCGUAUUUUCAGCCAGGGACAGGGCGAUGACGGCGGACGGUAUUGACGGCCUGGAGCGGUUUGACAGCCCCGGUAAAGGCAGGGGGCUGCGCGUGAACAGAGCAUACCGGGUGGGCGAGCUGCUCUUCGUCUGCCCCGCGUACUCACACGUGCUGUCCGUGAGCGAGCGCGGCUACACGUGCGAGCACUGCUUCGCGAGGAAAGAGGGUCUUUCAAAAUGUGGAAAAUGCAAGAAAGCUUUCUACUGCAACGUGGAAUGUCAGAGAGGCGACUGGGCGAUGCACAAGCUGGAAUGCUCGGCGAUGUGUUCGUUCGGGGAGAGCUGGUGUCCGUCAGAGACCGUCCGUCUGGCGGCUCGGGUAAUCACCCGCAUGAAAGUUCAGAAAGAGAAGAGCGCAUCAGAGAAACUGCUCCUGUUAAGUGAUCUGGAGGCCAACCUGGAUAAGUUGGAUAAUGAGAAAAGGGAGAUGAAUGAGGCAGACAUAGCCGAACUGCAUCACUUCUACUCCAAACAUCUGGACUUCCCUGAUCACCAGGCUCUGCUUACUCUGUUUGCUCAGGUGCACUGUAACGGUUUCACAGUGGAGGACGAGGAGCUCUCUCACAUCGGAUCAGCGGUGUUUCCAGAUGUUGCUCUGAUGAAUCACAGCUGCUGCCCCAACGUCAUCGUCACCUACAGAGGAACCUCAGCAGAGGUGCGAGCUGUGAAGGACAUCAGCCCUGGAGAGGAGAUAUACACCAGCUACAUCGACUUGCUUUACCCAACAGAAGACAGAAUGGAGAGACUCAGGGACUCGUACUACUUCACCUGCGACUGCAAAGAAUGUAAAACCAAAUCCAAGGACAAGGUAAAACUGAAGCUGAGAAAGGUGAACGGUGAUGAACCGCGCUCAGAGGAGAUCAGGGAAAUGCUUCGCUACGCACGAAAUGCCAUCGAAGAAUUCCGCAGAGCCAAACAGGACAAAACUCCUGCAGAGCUGCUGGAGUUAUGUGAGCUCAGCAUGGAAAAAAUGGGCUCCAUCUUUGAGGACUCCAACGUCUACAUGCUGCAUAUGAUGUACCAGGCCAUGGGAGUGUGUAUGUACAUGGAAGAUUACGACGGCGCCGUGAGCUAUGGAGAGAAAGUCAUAAAGCCGUUCAGGCAGUUGUAUCCAGCCUACUCCCUGAACGUUGCCUCUAUGUAUCUGAAGCUGGGGCGACUCUACAUGGCUCUGGACCGAUCGGCUGCAGGAUCCACAGCGCUCAAAAAGGCUUUGGCCAUUAUGGAGGUUGUUCAUGGAAAGGACCAUGUCUAUGUAAAGGAACUGCAGAAAGAGAUCAGCGCGCACCAAAAAUAAACGCACCCGCUAAAACGAAACCUCUUUGUUACAAUAAUGUAUUCAGCGAUGUGAAUCAAAGAGCUGAAAUUUUUUAUUUUCAUUUAUCCUCUAGAUUUCAUCUCUAGACUCAAAGUUCAAUUCUAAAAAUUGACUACUCCUAGCCAGGGGGUGGAAAGAGUACUGAAAUACUUCAUACUCGAGUAAAAGAGUAGCUUGUUUAAUAAUACUCAGAGGUAGUGAGUGUUUUUUUGUUUUUUUUUUUUUAAAUUGUGACUGUCUUUCUCCCUUAUCACACUAACUAAUCUUGUUAGCAUAAAACCAAAACUUAGCUCUAUAUGUUUCUUCAAAUAAGAGGCUGAUUCCUUAUUCUUGAACGGGCCUUGGAAGGCAAACUGGGCAUGACACGAGACCACUACUGCCCUUCUUGGUCUUGAUUUUGAAACGAUUUUGGACGUUCUGUUGUUUUGGCGUCCUCCACAUCUGCCCCAACGACCUGUAUGAUUAUUAGCCGUUUCCUAUGCAAUUUGAUAUGCUUGGCAAGGGAGAAUAAACAGUCGAAUUGCCAUCAGCGGAGUCCGAACAAUUAUUAAGGAGAGGGAAAUAACAAGUAGCAAGCACACUUGAGGCAAAGUAUUGUUACACAGCACUUAAAAUGUACACUCUUUCUAAACUACUUAAUAAUAAUGUACAAUUCCUGAGGAAAGAAAAACCCAGUUAAAGUAAUGGGAGUAUUUGUAAUUCAUUACUUUACUGCUCCUAACACACCUGAUCCAACUUAUGAAAGGCUGAAUAAUUAGCUGAUGAGGUUUGUAAAGAGCAGGAAACACACUAUAGUUUCCAGGAUCGGAGUUGAGAACCUUCUCUCGAGUAUUUAUGACUCUGUAAAAUUCAUUUAUUCAGAGAGUUGUCUUUUUGUACAGUGUAUCAAAUCAUCAGAACAAAAUGACAUGUUUAUUUUGGACUGUUCGUGUCAUGGAAAGGUUGUGUAUUUACGCAUAGUGAGAUUGUUGUGAACAAAAUCAGACAAUAAACGAAUUCAAGACUAGACGAUAAUAAGCUGGGAUUAAUCUUUCCACAUCGUAACCCCUCUGAUUAUCACACAAUCCUGUCGUAAAAACCGUCUGAGAGCCAGGAUCAGUGUUCAGGUCUAAUUUCUUAUAGCUAACCUGAAAGUGUGUGCUGUUUUCAUGUAGUGUUGGGGGUUUUUGUGGACUAAAGGAUGAUCAAGGACAGAAAUUCUGGUGAAUCUGUCAUAAUUUCUGGUGUCUCAUCCAUUUCCAGCACCAGUUUGGAUUAUAUUUGGCUUUGAAUUCCAACAAACGCAAUUAUAAACAAUAGCUGCGUUCAUUUUCCCGCAGUUUCUCUGACAUUUGACAUUUACGUUAAGAUUAUCUCAACUUUAUUCAAAUUAAGUUUAACAAAAUAAAGCAACGAAUCCAUAUGAUUGGCUCCAUCCUGUGCUGUGUGUGGUCCGACGUUACGUUAGUUCCCCACUCACAACUUUAGUUCCUACCUGCAAUUACUUCGCACAAAAAUGGAAGAAAAUCCUAUAAGCAUGGUUUAAUUUUAUCCUGUCAUAUACGACGUCUCGAUAAACAAAGAAAAAUAAAGCUUGGAAAGGAGUAGCAGAGAUUGUUUGGUGCCUCUGGUGAAUGUACUUAGCUAGCUACAGCUAGCUUGUUUGGCGGAUCUGAGAACGAUGCUAGUACGAAUCUGAGCAUGUAACAUGUAAAUGUUACACAGAUUAGUGUUAUUAAAUUUGUCUUUAACUAGUUAGCUUUAGAAGGUAUUUAUAGCUAGUUAUGUUCUCAUUGGAAACUACAAAAAACGCACAAGAUUAGCAGUCGCUACAUUCCCACGAGAGACAAACUACAAACAACAAGCAACGUGAGCUAUUUGUCGGUUAUUAGUGUGAACUUGGGUUUACUGUACACUCUUUACUGAAGUAUGUACGUAGUAUCUGGAUUUUCGUAGUAACGACUCAAAUCUCAAUAUUUUUGCACUAAACCAAUGAAGAUAGUUUAUGAUGUUCUACGACAACAUCUAGCAGUAUACCACAUUUUACUAAAUUCUCCAGCGUGAACAGACUAUUCAUACUACUCAUAUUAUUCAUACUACUCAUAUUAUUCAUACUACUCA